AUUGGAAGGACUUCCUCCGCGCAGACUCUGUGGCUCUCCUCUAUGGCGCCAUGCGUCCUGAACAGGCUACGGUGUGGUACCGGCGGAUGUCUGUGGUCUACGCAAUGGGCGCCUGGUCAGUGCUGGGCUCGGCGAUUUUUCUUACACGGAAUCAGAAGGCGUCAGGUGAUGGAGCGGAGCCAAAGGAUGAUGUCUCAAGGAGUGAAUCGCCUGUGUCCGACCUAGAAAGGGACAUUAAUGAGCCCAUUGAAGGGCUUUCUGUGAAAACGUAUGUAAAGUAUUCAGAAGAUUUUGUUCCAGUUACUCAAAGGAUCAUGGACUAUCUGCGGUCGUGGACCAGUGGGCCUGGACCAGAAUCUUGAUCGCCUGCUGAAUUUGGAAAACAAGGACUUGGCUCAGUACUUGAUAGAUGCCCUGAUUUUUUCCAUUUCUUGUUUGUGGAAAGACUGUAUUUGUUUUGAUUUUACAAAAUAUAAUCACUAAUGUGCAACAAGUGAAUUCUUGGGGGAACUGAACACAUUAAAUUCAAGAGGCAGGCUUCUAUGUUUAUAUGGCUGAAAGGAUGAUAUAAACCAUUACAUUUUU